CGUUAUCAUAUUUUAUCACAUGUUAACGUUUAUUAUCACUGAUAUCAUAUAAUUUUCCGUUGUCGUGAAAAAAACUGCAAAAUAACCGCCCGGGAUUCGAACCCGGACCCACCAGCUCCAACGCGAAUUAAUUACCAAUAGGCCACCCCGACCAAUUGAGUACUAGAUGUUAUUUUUACCCAUUUAACUUUAUAAAUAAAUAUAAAAAUAUUUAAACCGCAGUAUACUGGUCAUAUUAUAAUAUCAUUAGGAUACUUAUAACUUGCAGCUGCGUACACAAAUAAUAUCGAUGAAUACACCAUAUAGGAGACAUUAAGUAGGCAUUAGUGAAUAACCGUUAUUAAGUCUAAUAAUUGUCGCAGGUAUUGACACGUCAAUCAAAUAAAUACAACAAUAUAUUGCCAUUAGAUAAAAUGCCAUUAGGAUUAUUCGAUAUUCGCACGACUCGUGUCGCCAGGAUGUCGCAUACAUACUUUUAAUAGCCACAAUGGCAUUUAUAUUGAUUGACAAUAAGAGACAUUAAGUAGUUAUUAGUGAAAAAACACAUUAAAACCGAUAUUAGUACCUUCUGCCGGACGUAGUCUAAUAUCAAUUAAGUAUCAAUACCCCUACUACCUAUUCAAAUUCGUCUUUAUAUAUUCUGAAAGAGCCAACAGUUCUUCAGUACGUUAGUAACCGUUGUACACGUAUACGCUCCGUCUCUAAAAAAUUUAGUGAGUUUAAAAUUUUUACAAGUGUUUAAACAUUUUAUUAUUUUUCUCUUCGUUUUAAACCGUUGUACACGUAUACGCUCCGUCUUCGAAUAUUUUCCAGUGUUUAGUUUUUAAAUAUUAUUUCGUUUUAAUCAUGGCUGGUUCAAUUGGAAACAUGGCUGCCAUAUACAAAAAGAAGACGUUCGCGUACGUUCCUCCAUCACCACCGGCUGACCUCAUCGAAGCUACAAGCUACACACUGGAUUUUGCGAGCCGUAAAUUUAUACUUGUCGGUAUCGAUCCGACAGAACAACUUCAAACAGUUGUUCUCUUAUUAACAUCAUCACGUUAUGUGAAAAUAAGUAUAGAUUUUCUAAGACGGAUAUUCUCACUUAUGGGUAACGUACUAUCAUUUAUAUUAAACAUACCACAGUCCAAUAAACGGAUCAUUUUUCUCGAAACCGAUGCUUAUAAAAUAUCAAGUAUGGUGUAUAACGGUUCAAACGUUCUGGUAAUUGAAUCCAAGACUGAAGAUGGAUGUAGAGUUUUAUUAAGUCGUUCAGAUUUAAUAAAACUCCAGGAAUUAGAAUGGUGUAUUACUGCUAGUAUUAAUGAAAAAGAAGAAAAAAUAAAACCAGUAAUUAUCAAGCAAAUUAGUGAUUAUUGCGAGUAUUUGAUGGAAAAAUGCUUGCAACCGGAUUCACCGCCCAACAAUUUGAGGGAAAUGGAAAUUUUCAUUCGGAACGUUGAAGUCAUACAGAGUAAGAAGACACCUAACCUCGGUCAAAUUAAAAUGUUUGCGACUAAACAAUUGGCCGAACUUUGUAUGGCUCAUCGGAAAGUACCUACAGAAGUGGUAUAUGAUAAGAAUUGCAAAUCGCUGUCAUCUUUAUCACCCAGCAAUGCUUGUGAUGAAAUUAAUCCGUUGGAGGAUAAUGAUUUAGUUGAGUACGGGUAUUCACCGAUAUCGCCAAACUAUUCUCCAGGCAACAAUAUAGCUAAAUCUAUCGGUGAACGCGAUGGAUCUAUCAACAGUCUACCGCCACAUACAUCCGAUGAAUAUGAGUUAGAUUCACAAUACCCUCCAUGGCAUCACAACCCAGAUCUAUACCUACGCCAACAAGCUUUAGUAGUUGAUGAGAAUGAUGGUCCAACGUCUUUCAACCUCUCACCAUCAUCCCCUCCAGCUCUUCUAGGAUUCACGGGUCAAAAGUUGGCAAAAAAAAAAAAAACCAUCUAUGCGGAGCGUAAAACGCAAACUAUUUUAAUAUUUGUACUAAAUUGAUGUGAAAAUAAAAACA